AUGGCACUGGCCCCAACUCUUCGCCAACGGGGCAUGAUGGUCAUGGUUCGGGACAUCACGAUGGCAUAUACUCAGUCACAAACACCGCUCCAAAGACUGAUCUUCGUACACCUGCCGUCGGAAUUGAAGAAUAAAUAUCCCGAGGGGACGCUGUUACAUCCAUCAGCAUUCGACCCGUGCCUUUUGAUCGCGAAAGCAGACGAACCAUUUGGAGUGACAGGCCUCCAAACGGAUGACACAUUGAACAUCGGCACGUUGGAGUUCCUGAAGAAGGAAAACGAAGCAUUGGUGGAAGUGGGUAUUAAGGCGAAACCUCAGAAGAUCCUCGAGAACGGCAUGACAGAGGACUUCAACGGCUCACGAAUGAGGAUCCACGAGGAGGGCUAUGGUCUCUCGACUACGCAGAAAGGCCAAGCGGAGAAACUGGAACUCCUGGAUCCAAAGGGAUCUGAUAUGCAGAUGGACAACAAGGACCGAGGCCUCAACUACAUGGAACUAGAUCCCCAAGACCUUCGCCUGUAUAUCUUCGUUGACGGCUCAUUUGCCAACAACAGGGAUAUGAGCUCGCAAAUAGGAUACAUAGUCGUGUUAGGCAACGAGAAGCCCACCACCCACGACAAUGAACUAAGAAUUGACGGCAACGUCAUUCAUUGGUCUUCCACUAAGUGCAAACGGGUAACCCGUAGCGUCUUGGCAAGCGAAAUCUACGGGAUGGUUCAAGGAUUCGAUAUCGGUUACGUCGUCCACCAUACCAUUAACACGGUUCUGGGACGCCUAUCAUUCCCCAGAGUCCCGCUCGUACUUUGCACAGACUCUUACUCCCUAUACCAAUGCCUCGUACAGAUGGGGAGUACUAACAAGAAAAGAUUGAUGAUUGACUUGAUGGCCUUGAGGCAGUCGUAUGAGAACAGGGAGAUUAACGACAUCAGAUGGAUACAAGGAAACUGCAACCCCGCGGAUGCCAUGACUAAGGCAUCCCCGAAUGAAGCAAUGAAGACUUUGAUCGAAGAGAAUGGUCUGACUAUUAAACUUGAGGGAUGGGUUAAGAGGGAGUGA